AUGGCACGUAUCAAUGAAUUCAGACGACUAUGGCUCCAGCCUUUCUACGUUCUCAAUGCGAUCGCAAGCACAGCUCCCACUAUUUUUCUCUUGUGUCGUGUAGAAAGGACCGAGGCACUGGCAAUAGCAGUGCCACUCAGUCUGAUGCCAUUGAUGGUGAUGGGCCGACUGAGGGUAAUUCGUCAACGUAUGAAACUGAAUGAGGUGUGUGAGGAAACGCUAGGUGAGACGGUGUGUGAUCACCUUUGGCUCUCGUCUGCUUUUCAGCUCGUCCGAGUUGCAAGCUGGCGGUGGCUGAUUGAGAAGCCAAAGUAUGGAGGGCGUUCCAAGAUUAGAACAAUGGUGCCUAGUAUAUUUACGCGGGAGGUGAUGGGUCGAACCUUAGAUUCGCUAGAAGGUCUUUCACCCGGUGAAAUGUUAGCAAUGGAUGAGAAUAAGCUUCGGGAACGGAUGAAGUCAAACGAGGCUAGCUAUAGUCGAAUGAUCAAUCAAGAAAAGCAUUGGAUUGUGCUCCCUGUAUGGGAUCAACGGACGAGGAGGGGGCCGGGCUGGAAGGAUAUGGAAGCUUUGAUGGCCAAGGUCUCGAUGAGGUGCAUAACCACCCUCAUCAAAGCUUUGCGUUACGCUUACUGA